AUGGCCUACCCUGAGUACGCAAUGUCGCAGGGCGGCGACGACGACGGCGCUGACUUUGGCUACCUCGAAUUCGAAGCCCACGGCACCCAGGACUCCCAAUACGAAUACUCUGACUUUCACUCUCACUCCCAGCAGCACUCCCAGCAGCACCACCAUACCAACAACAACAACUCUACCCAGGAUCAGGAUGACCUCAACUUCAUGAACUUGUCUUUGAAUGGUCCGCAGUCUCAGUCUGACCUCGGACAGAACGACCACUAUCACCACCACCAACAUCAUAAUCACCAAGGUGGUCAUCCUUCGGGAAAUGGAGAUCAGCGAGGUUUUGAAGAGACGGACGAGCACGAUCCUAAUGAUCAGCCUCUUGCUUUGACCGAGUUGCCGCCUCAUGCCUGCAAGUACUGCGGUAUUCACUCGCCAGCAUCGGUGGUCAAGUGCGAGACUUGCAAAAAGUGGUUCUGCAACUCGCGUGGAAACACCUCGGGUUCACACAUCAUCAACCAUCUGGUCCGUGCCAAGCACAAGGAGGUCGUCCUCCACGCCCUCUCGCCUCUCGGAGAAACAACGCUCGAGUGCUAUAACUGUGGAUGCAAGAACGUCUUCUUACUCGGUUUCAUCCCCGCCAAGAGCGACACCGUCGUUGUCUUGCUGUGCCGUCAACCAUGCGCCUCAAUGCCCAGUAGCAAGGACAUGAAUUGGGAUACUUCGCAGUGGCUUCCUUUGAUCGACGACAGAUGCUUCUUGCCUUGGUUGGUCAAGAUUCCUCCCGAGCAGGAGCAGCUCCGUGCUCGCCAAAUCACCGCCAUGCAAAUCACCAAACUUGAGGAUCUCUGGAGGGAGAACGCCAAUGCUACCCUGGAUGACCUUGAGCGUCCCGGAGCAGAUGAUGAGCCGCAGUCAGUUCUCACCAGAUACGAGGACGCGUACCAGUAUCAGAACAUCUUUGGACCACUUGUCAAGAUGGAGGCUGAUUACGACAAACGUCUGAAAGAAUCACAGACUCAGGAGGGCAUAAGUGUUACCUGGGACAUGGGAUUGAACCAGAAGCGCGUUGCCUGGUUCUCGUUCGCCAAACUGGAAGAGUUGCGCCUCGCUGUUGGAGAUGAGCUCAGGAUCAGAUACAACGGCGAAUUGCGCAAGCCCUGGGAGUGCACCGGUCAUGUCAUUAAGCUGCCCAACAACGUUAAUGACGACGUGGGAUUGGAGCUUCGUCGCAGCGACGACACGCCUAUCGAGAUCAACCACAAUUUCUCGAUCGACUUUGUCUGGAAAUCGACCAGUUUCGACCGCAUGCAGUUGGCGAUGAAGACGUUUGCUGUGGAUGAGUCAUCGGUUAGUGGUUACAUCUACCACCGACUCCUUGGACACGAGAUCGAGUCACAGAUCCUCAAAACCCAGAUGCCCAAGCGCUUUUCGGCUCCCAACCUUCCCGAGCUCAACCACUCGCAGGUCUUUGCUGUCAAGAGUGUCCUGCAGAAACCUCUUAGUUUGAUUCAGGGCCCCCCAGGAACAGGAAAGACGGUGACGUCUGCUUCGUUGGUCUACCAUCUUGCCAAGAUGAACAUGGGCCAGGUUUUGGUCUGUGCGCCCAGUAACGUCGCUGUCGAUCAGUUGACUGAAAAGAUCAACGCCACCCGCCUCAAGGUUGUCCGUAUGACCGCCAAGUCGCGUGAGGCUCUUGACUCCCCCGUCAAGGCACUCACCCUUCAUGAGCAGGUCAUCAACAACGACACCAACCCUGAGCUUCAAAAGCUGAUUCAACUCAAGAACGAGCAGGGAGAACUGAGCAGCAGCGACGAGAAGAAGUACAAAUCCUUGAAGAAGCAGUGCGAGCGCGAGAUUCUCAACAACGCGGAUGUUAUCUUGUGUACGUGCGUCGGUGCUGGCGACCCCCGAUUGUCAAAGUUGAAGUUCAGGACUGUGUUGAUCGACGAGGCGACCCAGGCGACGGAGCCCGAGUGCAUGAUCCCCUUGGUUCUUGGUGCCAAGCAGGCCGUUCUUGUCGGAGAUCACCAACAGCUCGGACCCGUCAUUAUGAACAAGAAGGCCGCAAGGGCCGGAUUGUGCCAAUCGUUGUUUGAGCGUUUGAUCAUUUUGGGUCUUCACCCUAUUCGUCUUCAGGUCCAGUACCGUAUGCACCCUUGUCUGUCAGAGUAUCCCAGUAACAUGUUCUAUGAAGGAUCUCUUCAGAACGGUGUCACCACGGCCGAGCGUCUGAGGAAACACGUCGACUUUCCCUGGCCCGUUGCCGAAACGCCCAUGUUCUUUUAUUCUUGUCUUGGUCAGGAGGAGAUUUCGACUUCGGGAACAUCGUACCUGAACCGCACGGAGGCAUCCAACUGUGAGAAGGUCGUCACCAAGUUCUUGAAGUCGGGAGUCUUGCCUCAGCAGAUUGGAAUCAUCACACCCUACGAAGGUCAGCGCUCUUACUUGGUCAACUACAUGGGCUUCAGCGGCACAAUGCGCAAGGAGCUCUACAAGGAAAUUGAGGUCGCCAGUGUUGACGCCUUCCAAGGUCGUGAGAAGGACUAUAUCAUUGUCAGCUGUGUCCGCAGUAACGAGCACCAGGGCAUUGGAUUCUUGAACGACCCUCGUCGUCUGAACGUCGCCUUGACCCGUGCCAAAUAUGGACUUGUCAUCCUCGGCAACCCCAAGGUUCUCAGCAAGCAUCCUUUGUGGCAUCACUUGCUGGUUCACUACAAGGAGCACGACUGUUUGGUCGAGGGACCCUUGAACAACUUGAAGAUUAGUAUGAUCCAGUUCAGCAAGCCCCGCAAGGCAUACAACCCCGACGAGCGCUUCCUGAACGGUCAAGCCCAUGCUGUUGAUGCCCGCGAGAUGUUUGCCCGCCCACCCUUGGCCAGCGCUGCUCGCAGGAUGAACAACCAGUACACCCCUGAUUACUCGAGCAGCUCGUCUCGCUACAACAACAACACGCAAUUGGGAUUGGGAUCUCAGGCACCCUUUACUCAGGAUCUCUCGCAGGCUUCGUACAGCGGUGGGCGCAAGGGCAAGUCCAAUAGUAACAACAAUGGCAGCCAGCGCCCGUUGACCCAGAACACGUACUCAACCCAGGCUUCGAUCAACGUGUCACAGUCGGACAGGAUCCACACUUCGGCCAGCCUUCAUGGAAUGGGUCACGGUAUGAGCUCGUUGAUGAGUCAGGAGAGCAUGGGCUACUUGGACGACUACAAGUCUCAGCAGGACGACUACCUCAGCCAGGAUUCGUUUGCACCCAACGGCUUCCAGUCCCAGAACUUUACCCAGUAUUAG